AUGUCUCAGAAAGUAGCAGAGAAGAAGGUGCCAGUGAAGGGGGGCGCAGACAGUCGCCCCUCUUCUGCGGCUGGAAGUCGACCUUCUUCGGCUGCAGGAAGUCGACCCUCUUCUGCUGCAGGGAGCACUUCCUCUCGCACUCAGUCUCCAGGGGAUGGCGCUUUGAAGUCCUCUCUCAAAGGUUCCAAAGGCUCAACAAGCAAAGACUCAUCCAGUCAGCGAAAGAAGAGCCGUCAACUCAGUGACAACUCCAUCGCUGCCAUUUACGCACCCUACAUCAACGCGCUGUUCGGCCAGGACAGAGAGUUAUUACCGGAGGAGUUGGAUGAGCUGCUGUAUGCCUUUAAGGAGUUUGACUACGACAGCGACGGCUACGUGCACUACAAGGACGUGGCCAACUGCAUGAGGACCAUGGGCUACAUGCCCACAGAGAUGGAGCUCAUCGAGAUCAACCAGCAGAUCAAGAUGAAGUGGGGAGGUCAUGUGGACUUUGAUGACUUCUGUGACUUGAUGGGCCCACGCAUGCUAGCUGAGACGGCUCACAUGGUGGGCCUGAGGGAGCUCCGCUGUGCCUUCGCGCAGUUUGACUGUAAUGGGGAUGGACGCAUCACCUUCGAGGAGCUGAGGGAUUCCAUGAAGUCUUUCCUGGGGGAGAAACUGAAGAAGGGCGAACUGGAGGAGAUCCUCUCUGACCUCGAUCUUAACGGAGACGGCAAAAUCGACUUCGACGAGUUCGUCAUGAUGUUGGCCACCCGGUAGAUCUCUCAUCUCCCACGGCAUGACGUCAGGUCGCUUCUCCUCUGUGACAAAGCCAGCUCUCUCAUAUCCACACAAUGCUGCUCCAGUGUAAAUGUUUAAUAGCCAUGUAUUUCUAUAUUUGUAUGAUGAAGCCACU